AGAGAUAGGAGGUCUCAAUGCCACGGGCAGGGGCAUCUCGGACUGCGGGGCGUGGGAAGGCCUGUGGAAGACUGGGGUGAGGAGGGUAGAAGAGGGCGGGUAUGGGGUGGGGAGGGGAGAAUAGGGAAGCCCUGGGCAGACCCUGAUAGAAGGGGCACAGGGCAGGGUGUGGGCUCCCUGCUGGCAGGGCCAGGUGAGCUAUGGUGUCCCAGCUGCUCCCGCUGCUCCUCUUGCUGCUGGCCCCACGGGAUGGGCACUGCUGCCAAGGGCCAGAGCCAGCCCGGGAGCUUGUCCUGGCCAAGGUGAGGGCCCUGUUCCUGGAUGCCUUGGGGCACCCCGCAGGGACCGAGGAAGGUGGGGAUCCUGGAGUCAGGCGGCUGCCCCGAAGACAUGCCCUGGGGGGCUUCUCGCGAAGGGGCUCUGAACCCGAGGAGGAGGAUGUCUCCCAGGCCAUCCUUUUCCCGGCCACAGGUGCCAGCUGUGAGGACAAGCCAGCCACUGGAGAGCUGGCCCAGGAGGCUGAAGAGGGCCUCUUCACAUACAUGUUUCGGCCGUCACAGCACACGCGCAGCCGCCAGGUGACUUCGGCUCAGCUGUGGUUCCACACCGGGCUGGACAAGCAGACCACAGCAGCCUCCAAUAGCUCUGGUCCUUUGCUAGGCCUGCUGGCACUGUCAUCCGGAGGGCCCAUGGCUGUGCCCAUGUCCUUGGGCCAGGCCCCCCCUCGCUGGGCUGUGCUGCACCUGGCCGCCUCCGCUCUCCCUCUGCUGACCCACCCUGUCCUGGUGUUACUGCUGCGCUGUCCUCUCUGUUCCUGCUCAGCCAGGCCUGAGGCCACACCCUUCCUGGUGGCUCACACGCGGGCCAGACCACCCAGCGGUGGGGAGAGAGCCCGGCGCUCAACUCCCCCGAUGCCCUGGCCUUGGUCUCCUGCCGCUCUGCGCUUGCUGCAGAGGCCUCCGGAGGAACUGGCUGCCCAUGCCAACUGCCACAGAGCAGCACUGAACAUCUCCUUCCAGGAGCUGGGCUGGGACCGGUGGAUCGUGCACCCUCCCAGUUUCAUCUUCCACUACUGUCAUGGUGGCUGUGGGCUGCCCACCCCACCAGACAUGCCCCUGACAGUCCCUGGGGCUCCCCCAACCCCUGCCCAGCCCCUUUCCUUGGUGCCAGGGGCCCAGCCCUGCUGUGCUGCUCUCCCAGGGACCAUGAGGCCCCUACGUGUCCGCACCACCUCAGAUGGAGGUUACUCUUACAAGUAUGAGACGGUGCCCAACCUUCUCACGCAACACUGUGCUUGUAUCUGAAGGGUUCCUGCUUCCUUAUCCCAUGGCUGGUGGCCGAGUCCCAUCAUCAUCAGCUGGGAAGAGAGCAGAGUUUGGAAAGUAGAUUUCACUUCCCUAUCCUUCCACCUCUUUGUCUGAGGCCUCCCCUCCUCAUCCUACCCCUGUCCCGUGGGUAACAUGUGACAAUAAAGAACAUAGAGCAUAUGACCUGACAUGG